AUGCCUUUCAUCGACGUUGGUCACAGUCACAACGAGCCGGUCACGCGCGUGCGUGACCUCUUCGAAGAUGAGACCUUCGUCCUGACCAAGUUCGAAAACCACGCCAACAAAUGCGCUCUCUGUAUCGAUGCGCUCGACACCUUCCGGGAGGGCCGCUCGCUCUGUGAUCGUGGCCUUGCGCAUGCCAAAGAUGUCGCCAACUACGUAUUCAGCAAGCAGGGCAAGGCCUACUCGGUAGUCAACAAGGAGCACAACGAAGAAGUUCUCAUCCGUAUCCCGCGCCAACACCGGGCGGCUCGCCGUCUGCUGAGGGCCAUCGAAGAAGGCCUGCACUUGCGUCGCGAUCAGCCCAUCGUCAGCUACGAUCGCACCUACCAUGUCGGCGCCCGCCAGCCCGCGGAGACCGUCACCGAGAUCAUUGAGCGCACUCCGCGUCGCCGCGUCAUUGUCUACCGUCGCAGCUCGCCCAGUCGCAGCUCACCCAAUCGCGGUUCCUUGUACGAAACGGACCGCCACGAGCGCCGCCAAUAUGUGCGAGUGUUGCGGUGA